AUGAAUAUAUUUUAUAAAACUGUUAUGAAUAUAAAUAAAAAGAUAAACGAAAUAAAAACUUUAAAAUAUAAAUAGACCUUUAAUUUUUCAAAAUAAUACAGAAAGCCUUCAAAACCAUGGAAUAAUAGUGAAUAAUUUAAAGAUGAGCGAAAGUUACAUGCUUAUUAUAAUUUUGGAUUGUAUGCAUUUGUUUUUGGAGCAUGUUAUGCUGCAGUUCCUUUUUAUAAAUUAUUUUGCGAACACGUAGGAAUUUCAGGAAAUUUCGAUUAAAAAGAUUAUUCAAUGAAAGGAAAAAAUAUUGCAGUUCAUAAAAAAUAUAAAGUACAAUUUAAAGCUGAAGCAGACCCUGAAGUAGAUUGGAUGUUUGAACCAAUUUAAAAUGAACUAAUAAUUAAUGCUGGAGAAACAGCCUUAGCAUUUUAUAAAGCUUAUAAUAGAGAAGUUGAUCCAGUUAUAGGAAUGAUUUGCAACAUAUAAUGUAUUCCCUGAGGAAGCCUCCGUUUAUUUUACCAAAAUAUAAUGCUUUUGUUUUAAUUAAUAAUUACUUAAUCCUAAAGAGGAGUUAUAAUUGCCAAUAUACUUUUAUUUUGAACCUGAAAUAGUAGAAGAUCCUUUGUUGUAAAAUACAGAAGAAAUUAGUAUAUUAUAUAGAUUUAUUAAAUGUAAAAAAUAAGAUAUGCUUAAAUACGUAGAGGCAGAAAA